CCGCUGAGCCAAUCGCGCGUGGGGGCGGCGGGCGGAGGGCGCUGCCAAGAUGGAGGAGUACGCGCGCGAGCCGUGCCCCUGGAGGAUAGUAGAUGACUGUGGAGGUGCUUUCACCAUGGGAGCCAUCGGAGGGGGCAUUUUCCAAGCUAUCAAGGGGUUCAGAAACUCCCCAGUGGGUAUGAACCACCGGCUGCGGGGCAGUUUGACAGCCAUUAAAACAAGAGCUCCACAACUGGGAGGAAGCUUUGCUGUCUGGGGAGGUCUCUUCUCCAUGAUUGACUGCAGUAUGGUCAGAAUGAGAGGGAAAGAAGAUCCAUGGAACUCCAUCACGAGCGGAGCCCUGACUGGAGCCAUUUUAGCUGCAAGAAAUGGACCCGUGGCCAUGGUGGGGUCUGCGGCCAUGGGAGGGAUUCUCCUGGCUUUAAUUGAAGGAGCUGGCAUUCUGCUAACAAGAUUUGCCUCCACACAGUUUCCAAACGGCCCUCAGCUUUCAGAAGACCCCUCCCAGCUGCAGCCCUCUCCCUUUGGUGACUACAGACAAUACCAGUGAUCACCCUCCUCCUCCUGCCUCACCUCCACUGGGAUUCCAACUGCUGGAGGCCCAAGGUGUGGUAUGUCUUUACACCAGUGGGAAUCUCUUCCACAACCCAUGCCCAGGACCUUCAGCACAGUGUAAAGCCACGCAGGGGGACUUUUAGAAGCUGACAAAUCUAUUUAUUGGUGAUAGAUUCCAUUGCUGUAACGUUAACAAGUGUCUGAGACAAUACACGGAGAUUUAAGACAAGGACCGAAGUGAAA